AGUCGACAAGGAAUACAAAUGGCACCCAAUCAGCAGAAGGAUCCCCAAUCGGUGGAGGCGAGCGGAAGGACACCUAUGGUACAGCUGACUCGAGCAGAACGCUUAAAAAUCAGGCUUGUCAAUAUGAAGGAGCAAGUCUCAGCAAAACAGCAGGAACGCAGCGAAAAGAAGAAAAAGAAGCUGGCCGCAUUGGCAAAUCUGAUGGACCUGAACGAUCGGGAUCGUGUACAUGAGGCGGAGCUGGCGAGGAAGCGGGAUUCCGAGUCCAAAUCAAGCGGCGCCGAGGCUGAUCUCACAGAUGAGCCACAGACGAACAAAAGUCACCAUGAGGCGGAGCGGUCCAGCGGUGUAGAGGCGGCAGACGACGGCUUUUUCACCGUGAGCAGCAAGCGAAAAGUCAAGAAUCGGCAUACCAUCAGAAGCACCCCCGAACAGACCUCGACAGCGGAUGCCACAGAUGCGGAGACGGUCCACAUAGAUCAGCCACAGACGAAACGGAUUCGCAAAGAUGAGGCAGCUGGUGGCGACAGCCUACCCGAUGACACGUUGGUUACUCUUAGCGAAGAACAAUACAAGGCCCUUUCGGCGGAUCUGCGGCGACGCAAGCGGCGACUGCAGGAUGUUCCCGCCUUGCGGCUGAGGGAGAUGGGGCAGCGUGCGUUGCUGGAGACGCCUCAAGAUGCGCGCACGCCCAUCUUCCUCAGCGAUAUACAGAACCUGCUGAUGUCGGGCAUGAUUGGCCAGAAGAGUCCCUGCCGGCCAGACCGGUGGUGCUCCACCGAAAAGUGGGUGAGUCUCUCGCACAGCGUGGUGGUCAUCCUGGAGGGCCUCUCCCUGUACCACUACCUCUCCAAUGAGAGCCAGUUCGAAGCCACCAAUAGGAUAUUCAACGCGAAGCUGGAGCUUAUGCUCCCCCAGCAGGCUGAAGGCAUGAUUAUCGAUGAGAUCGCUCAGAUUCCGUUGACCAGUGUGCAAGCCAAGAAGCUAAUUGACGAGCACGGUUGCCUGGAAUCUGCAGUUGCCCUCAACCAGGAUCCCACACUGUUCGUGAGGGGUAUUUUCAACAUUAGUGGCGAGGGGCCGGGCAUGGAGCUGCCUCAUCUGCAUCCAGAUGACAAAUUCCCGCGGACCAAACUCCUGCUCUCCGCCCUGCAAAUGGUCGACGAGGGCUAUCCAAUCCCCUUGCAGGGAGAGCUCCACAGCCGCUUCAGGGCCUACAAGUUCACAAAGCCAUCGUACAAGCCGGUCAACAACCACAGUCCCAUGUACGGCGUGGACUGUGAAAUGUGUCGCACUGUGGCCGGGGUCAACGAGCUGACGCGUAUUUCCAUUGUAGACGAGGAGUACAGGACUGUUUACGAGACGCUGGUGAUGCCCGACAACAGGAUCGUGGAUUACCUUACCCAGUACUCGGGCAUUACCGAGGACAUCAUGAAGCAGGUGACCAAGCAGCUGAAGGAUGUGCAGAGGGAGGUGUCAGCACUGCUGCCAGACGAUGCCAUCCUCGUGGGACAGUCCCUUAACUCCGAUUUGAAUGCCAUGCGGAUGAUGCAUCCGUAUGUGAUCGACACCAGCGUGUGCUUCAACAUGUCCGGAAUUCGGAGGCGGAAGAGCAAAUUGAAGCAUCUGGCCAUGACUUUCCUCAAGGAGACCAUCCAGGAGAACGAGUACGGCCACGACUCGAUCGAAGACUCCAGGGCAACGCUAAAGCUCGUGAAGAUGAAGCUCGCUAACAGCAUCGAGUUUGGCGACGAGAUUAUGACCCAACAGAAGCGUCUGCAGGAGAUCGCCAAUGCCUGCAGCGGCGACAGCAUCACGAACAACAUGUUUGCACAUUCGGCCAAGCGGGACAGGAGGACAGCGAUCGUGAAUGUGGGAGACCUGCAGCCGCGCCUCAAGGAGAUCAUCCAGAAGGCCGAGCAGGUCGUCCCCAAAGACACCAGCAGUGCUGUCCUCGUGCACGAGGUGGCCACCACCAAAGAAGCUGUACGAAAAGUCACCGAAAUAGCGCUAGAGAACUCUCUGACCAUUGCCAAUCUCCCAAUCCCCGAAGAGGACUUCCUCCUGGAUAAAGCUGAACGCAGUGCUGCCAAAAUCGACAAGGUCAUCGAGCGUCUGUGGAACACAGUGGCCCACAAUGGCCUCUUCCUCGUUCUCAUGGGCGGCUCGGCAGAGUGCCCCAAGGGUGUGGCCAAAAUAGCCAUCAAGCGAUUGAAUGGCACCGAACAGACUAGUGCUCCAAUCAACAGUUAGAUUCGUGGCCCCACAGCCUGAACUGCAUCCCAUCAGCCCUGACUUUAAUCUAAUUUUAUGCCCCGGAAAUGUCCCACGAAAACCAUCGAUAGCUUGGAUCAAACCGCUGACGCAGCUACAAGACAGCAGUGUCUUAGUGUCUCAAGCAAAAUUAAAUUAGCCGUACAGCCCAACCUCUGACGUACAAUCAAUUUCUCCAUUCUUUUUUUUUCCUAAUCUAAUCUAAUCCGAAAUUACACUGCAAAAAUGUAACGAAACUAAAGUUGUAAAAUUUACAAAUAACCGCAAGAAAUCACAAAAAUCAAAUGUAAACAAA